UGCGGUAGACCCCGAUCCUAAGCCGUUCUCCCGUGCGAGUGAGACUAGAAGGCGAAAAUGUCGGAGCGGAAAGUUUUAAACAAAUACUAUCCCCCCGACUUUGACCCGUCAAAGAUCCCCAAGCUCAAGCUCCCCAAAGACCGGCAGUACGUGGUGCGGUUGAUGGCCCCCUUCAAUAUGAGGUGUAAGACAUGCGGAGAAUACAUCUACAAGGGUAAGAAGUUCAACGCGCGCAAAGAGACGGUGCAGAACGAGGUCUACCUGGGCCUGCCCAUUUUCCGUUUCUAUAUCAAGUGCACGCGCUGCCUGGCAGAGAUCACCUUCAAGACAGACCCCGAAAACACAGACUACACUAUGGAGCACGGAGCCACGCGGAACUUCCAGGCCGAGAAGCUCCUGGAGGAGGAGGAGAAGAGAGUGCAGAAGGAGCGGGAAGAUGAGGAGCUGAACAACCCUAUGAAGGUGCUGGAGAACCGAACCAAGGACUCCAAGCUGGAGAUGGAGGUACUGGAGAACCUGCAGGAGCUCAAGGACUUGAACCAGCGGCAGGCCCACGUAGACUUUGAGGCCAUGCUGCGGCAGCACCGCCUGUCCGAGGAGGAGCGACUGAAGCAGGAGCAGGAGGAUGAUGAGAGGGAGACGGCAGCCUUGGUGGAAGAAGCCAGGAAACGAAGACUGCUGGAGGACUCUGAUUCGGAAGAGGAUGCUGCUGCUCCUGCCCCGCCCCAGCCGGCCCUCCUGCCCAACCCCACCGCCAUCCUAGACGAGGCCCCGAAGGCGAAGAGGAGGAAGGUGGAGAGCUGGGAGCGGAGUGUGGGCACCCUUGGCAGCAGGUCCCAGCUGUCAGGCCUUGUUGUGGUGAAGAAAACAAACCUGGACUGCAGCACCCCACAGGGCCAGCCAGCACCCACCCUGGGCGCUGUGAAGAACGGAAAGGCGGCAGACCCUGCACCCAGGGCCCCCGGCACCUCCUCCCUGAGCCAGCUGGGUGCGUAUUCGGAUAGUGAGGACAGCAGCAGCAGCAACUGAGGCCUUUACCUAGGUCAAGGGUCAUAUGUCCAAUUCCAGCCUGUGGUUGGGGCAGGAGGCCUUGACACCAACCAGAGAACAACCAGACAAAAAUUAAUGUCCUUGAGGCAGGUGGGAUCAGCCAGGGUUUCAGCCAAGGGACUCAGUUUCUCUCUUGUCCCCCCAACCACCAGUUCCUUCGGUACCUGUAGGUCCAAAUCUAAUGGUGUCCCCCCACCUGACACCGAGUUUAGGACUGUGACACCCCUGGAGGGAUGCAUCCUCUCUUGGACAGCCCUUAAGGUGUUAGCCAUGUUUUAGGCAUGUGGGUGAACCCACCCACCCCUGGUUGGCUCCAUCCCUUCCCAUCACAAAAUUGUCUGGAGCCAAUAAAAGGAACACAAACACAGAGACUUUAUUUUGGGACUGUUGCCGCCACAGGAAAUAAUUGAAGGCAGUUCCUAUUUGAGGACACAUUAAAAUCCUAGAAUUAUGAAUUAUAUGUAUACAGUAACUACAAAUGGAAGGCAUAUUGGCUAUUUAAAAAAAUUUGUUUUUCUUUAUUGAUUUUAGAGGGAGAGGGAGAGAGAGAGAGA